GUGACGAAAAAAAGACUAAAUAAACAUCACAGAUUUUAAGAUUGUCUCUAAUAAUGAAUAUCUUCUGUACAACACUGUCAUCUAGUGGUGUUUUAUAUAUGACUGGCUGAUUCGUUUUUCACAAACAGGAAGUGAUUCUUCUCAGAAAAAUUGAAACUUAAGCUGUUGUCGAAGUGUUGAGUAUUCUCUUCUGUCUGUGAGUUUGUGCUGUAAAAUGGCAGAAUGUAGUAUUUCAGUGGCUCAGGAUCAGUUUAGCUGUUCAAUCUGUCUGGAUCUACUGAAGGAUCCAGUGGCCAUUCCCUGUGGUCACAGUUACUGCAUGAGCUGUAUUUCAGACUGCUGGGAUCAGGAUGAGCAGAGGGGAGUCUACAGCUGCCCUCAGUGCAGACAGACCUUCACUCCAAGACCUGCUUUAGGGAAAAACACCAUGCUGGCUGAAGUGGUGGGGAAACUCAAGAAGACCAAACUACAAGCUGCUCGUCCUGCUCAGUGUUACUCUGAGUCUGCAGAUGUGGAGUGUGAUGUUUGUACUGGAGACAAAAACAAAGCCGUCAAAUCCUGUCUGAUGUGUCUGAACUCUUACUGCCAAAAUCAUCUUGAGCAACACGCGAGUUUCUUCAGAAGUAAAAAACACAAUCUCAUGGACGCCACUGGACGACUGCAGGAGAUGAUCUGCCCUCAACAUGACAAACUACUGGAGGUUUUCUGUCGUACUGAUCAGUGCUGUAUAUGUUAUCUGUGUACAAUGGAUGGACACAAAAACCACAACACUGUAUCAGCUGCAGCAGAAAGGACUGACAAACAUAGGCAGUUGGAGGAAACCCAGAGUAAACUCCAUCAAAGAAUCCAGAGGAAACAGGUGGAGUUUGAGGAGCUGAGAGCAGCUGUAGAGUCUCACAAGUGCUCUGCACAGGCAGCAGUGGAAGACACUGAGAGGAUCUUUACUGACCUCAUCCGCUCCAUUGAGAGAAGCCGCUCUGAGGUGACGCAGCUGAUCAGAGAUCAGGAAAAGGCUGCAGUAAGUGAAGCUGAAGGACGACUGGAGCGACUGGAGCAGGAGAUUGAUGAUCUGAGGAGGAGAGACGCUGAGCUGGAGCAGCUUUCACACACAGACCAUCACAUCCAUUUCCUCCAGAGUUUCCAGUCUCUCUCUACUCCUCCUGGAUCUACAGACUCAUCCAGCAUCACUGUCAGCUCUUCUCUCUCUUUUGAUGAUGUUGGUAAAUCUGUGUCUCGACUGAGAGAGAAACUGGAGCAUUUCUGCAGAGAGGAGAUAGAAAAGAUAACUUGGAGAAUGAGAGACUAUAAAGGCACCACUCCCACUCCUGAACCAAAGACUCAUCAGGAGUUCCUUCAAUAUACCUGUUGGCUCUUCUUGGAUCUAAACACAAUGAAUAAAAAUCUGGUGCUGUCUAAAGGGAACAGAGUGAUUGAACUCAGUUCUACAGUCCAGCAGUAUCCUGAUCAUCCAGACAGAUUUGAUUGUUGGCAUCAGGUGUUGUGUAGAGAGAGUGUGUGUGGACGCUGUUACUGGGAAGUUGAGUGGAGUGGUUCGGUCGGUAUAUCAGUGGCGUAUAAGAGCAUAGGCUGGAAGGGACAGGGAACUGAGUUUGGAUAUAGUAAUCAGUCUUGGUGUUUGUUCUGCUCUGGCUCCAUUUGCACUUUUGUGCAUAAAUCAAAACACACCGUACUGCCAUUAGUGUCCAGCUCAUCUAGAAUAGGAGUGUAUGUGGAUCACAGUGCAGGAACUCUGUCCUUCUACAGCGUCUCUGACACAAUGAGUCUCAUUCACAGAGUUCACACCACAUUCACUCAGCCGCUCUACCCUGGGUUUGAGUUAGUUUCAUACAAUCCUUGUGGAUCAAAAUUGAAAUUGUGUGAAUUAUAAAUAUGAUCCGAAAUAUGAUUUAAAAAAAAUAUUUUUAGAAAUUCAAGCUUCUUGAUAAUUCAGCAGUUGACACAUUUAAUCCUUAUAUUUUUUUAAUAAGUCCAAAGUAAUGAAAUAGCGAUUUAUUAGUAUCUAAAUUUAACUCUAGGCAUUAAUUUAAAAUUUGAUAGUCAUGUUAAAAAUUAAAGUAAGAAAGUUAAGCCAAGUCUAAACUGUUUUCGUUUUAUAAGAAGGUUUUUAACAUAUCGCACUGCAAAAUUAUACAUGCACACAAUGAUAUUCUCUCACUUGACGUUUUGCAUUACAUCUUGGUCACAAGCUUUUUUAACUACAUUGAAGCCUAUUGACUCAAUCUAAAAACAAGCAGUUAAAAUUAUGGACUUAAAGCCUAUGCGAUGGCAUCAUUGUGAUGUUUUAUUUAAACAUAACCUGUUUAAUUUUGAUAGUUUUAUUCAAUUUAGUUAUCUUAAAUUGUUUUUUAAAUGUUUAAAUAAUCAUGUUCCAAUCCUGUUUUCUAAGCUAAUCAAUCGGCAUCAAACCUCCCACAGAGUUACACGGGCAACUGCUAACGGUGACUGUCUAGUGCCAAAGUGUAAGACCUCAUUUGGUCAAUCUGUCUUCUCUGUAAAGGGAGCCAAACUGUGGAAUGAUUUACC